AUGGCGCCCUCUACACGUAAAAGCGCGCUGCUCCUGUUGGCGCUCGGCCUUGCCGGCCUCGGCGCCGCCUCACAAGACAGCCAGGUCGUCUUCUCUCAUAACGCCGCCGUACAGCACAAGGUCGACCCAGCCAUCCUUGCUGCGCUCAAGGAGCACAAGGACCCCGUCGAUGCUUGGAUCGCGCUCCAUCCUGAUGACGCUGAUAAACUCGCCGAGAAGCGCCUCUUGCGCAUCGCGGGUGAAAAGGAGCCGCAAUGGAUGACUGAGGGCGACAAGAUGAGGCUCCGCCGCAAGGGCCGCAAGUUUGCCGAUAUCACCGAUUUCGAGGAAUUCUACAAGCAGAACGCCGUUUCUGCACAGUCUGGCAAAGCUCACCUACCGAAGCUCACGCAGCAGAGACUGGUGAAACCGCUAUUUUCUCAGGUCUCCAAGGACAACAUGGAGGAUGUCCUGAAGCACAUGACGAGCUUCUAUACCCGUUAUUUCGGAAGCGUCACUGGCGAAAAGAGCGCGCUGUGGCUCCGUGACCACAUCGCCGACAUCAUCAAGGAUGCUCCCUUCCAUACUCACAUUUCUCUCGACGUGUUCCCACACGCAUUCCCACAGCCAUCUAUCAUCGCUCGAUUCGAGCCCAAGGUCGCCAACUAUUCUGCACCGGUCACUAUCCUCGGCGCCCAUCAGGAUUCCAUGAACUAUCUCUUCCCGCUACUGCCUGCGCCUGGUGCUGAUGAUGACUGCUCCGGCACUGCCAGUAUCCUGGAGGCCUUCCGCGUCCUCGCUCACAGCGGUUACAUCCCUCGUAAUGGACCUGUCGAGUUCCACUGGUAUGCUGCCGAGGAAGGUGGCCUGCUUGGCAGCCAGGCUAUUGCCAAGUACAAGAAAGAAUCCGGUGUCACCAUCGGUGCUAUGCUGGAAUUCGAUAUGACGGCUUUCAUUGCCAAGAAUGCCACUGAGUCCAUCGGCAUCAUUGAGACUUCUGCUGACAAGGCUCUGACUAAAUGGGUUCUUGGCUUGGCCCAGGAGUAUAGCGGCAUUGAUGCCGCUGUCUACCAACUGCAGGAGGGUGCUGGUUCGGAUUAUAUGUCUUUCACCAACGCGGGCUUCCCUGCUGCGUUCGCCUCCGAGGGCGACCCUAUCAGCGGAGAGUUCGACCCAUACGUCCACGGUAUCUACGACACUAUGGAUGUUAACGAUGAGACUGGCAGAUUCUCUCUUGAGCAUAUGGCGCGCUUCUCCGAGCUUGCCCUUGCCUUUGUUGUCGAACAAGCCGGAUGGAACAACGACUGGAGGUAA